AUGGAAAGGAAAUCGCAACAAGAAGGGGAACUCUUCUUUUCCGAACAUGCUAGAGCGAUAUUGAAGAAUAAAUACAUAAUGAUAAUUGGCGAUUCAGUCCAGAGAUGCGUGUAUAAAGACCUCGUCUCUCUGAUCGAAGAUGGCAGUAUGAUGACUGAACACGAAAAGCGCUUCAAAGUAGAGGCAUGCUUCCGAGGAGACAGAUUGGUCGCAUCUACGGCGAAAAUGAACGGAACGAACUUUUGCGAGGUGCGAGAAUGGCGAGGAAUAGCCGGGGAAGAUGGAUGGGAGGAUUCGUUUCUCAUUCGAUUUAUUUUUGUCACGAGAGUCUUCAGCGAGGGCCUGAAAGCGAUGAUUUCGACUUAUUGCGAAGAUCAUUUUCCAGAUGUAAUCUACAUUCAGAGUACUUUUUGGGACGUGACAAGAUAUGGCGAUGGCGAAGAAAUCCGCGGGCAACGUUACUUUCCUCAAUUUACUUACAAUUUGCGUCUUCUCGUCGAUCACGUUGACGAACUCUACAAAGCCGAGAACGAAAGAAGAGAGAAAGAAAACCAGCAAAAGAGAGAUAAGCCGUUGAAAAUAUGGCGCAGUGCUCUUCCAAUCAGCCGGCAUACUUUUGGAGGCCUUGUGGAAGAAAUUCAAUUCGGAGGUGCCUCUGAAAGCUUCAGAAGAGACAUUGGAUUUGCUAACGUUGCCGCUCAAAAAGUCAUAGAAACCACUGACUGGGCAUAUUUGGAUGCACAUUACAUGUUCAGAAAGAUACAGAAUCAAGACAAGCUGCGGGAGAACGACGGCGUGCACUGGAACCAAAUCGCUCAUCGCUGGCUCAGCUUCUUGUUUCUAAAAACCUGCUGCGAAGAGUGGGGUUAUGAAAUAGAAACCCCCGUUGAUAUCAAAGACGAAAAAGAAGGAGGCAAUCCUUCUUUAGAGCGACUAUUCGGCAAUGCCAUGGAACGAGCACUUACGCAAAGAAGAAAAUACAGAGCUGUAAAGCGAAAGCGCGAAACUGAAAAUGCGGCAGUUGCAAAAAGACACUCACUAGACAGUCAGAAAAUCGAGAAAGCGCAAGAGAAUAUCGACCCAACAAAAGAUCCUUCCACCGAAGAGCCUGACAGUAAACGACGAAAGUCGGAAAUCAUCCCGCGAAAUACACAAACUCCUCGUGGAGGAGGAAGAGGUGGUGGCAGAGGACGAGGUUUUCAUCGCAUGCCUUUUACUCCACAUUUGCCCCAGCAGUCAGGUUGGGCCGAGGACUGGGCCCCUCGAGAUCCAUGGGGUUGUCCUCCAGAUCCGUGGGCUGGUCCCCCAGAUCCAUGGGCUGCUCCUCCAAAUCAAUGGGCUUACCCUCCUGAUCCGUGGCAUCAACAUUACUUUGAUGGCCCACCUGCACCAGAAAUUUGGAAUGGUCCUCCAAAUUAUGCUUGCCCUGGUGGAUGGAAUGGGCCUCCACAAGGAAGCUGGCGCCCUACAGUUCCGAGAAAACAGAAAACACCAAAGAAUACGCCGAAGAAAUAG